UAGCUUUCUUCCUACUUCACUUAAUUCUGUGAUCUGUCACCACUUUCUACUCUGUUUUAUCAUUUUCUCUCAGCUCCUCAACUAUCGCAGGAAUUUUAGUUGAGAAAAAGAGAACAAAAUGCAGAAGGUAGUGCUGAAAUUGGAUAUGCACGAUAAUCUGAGUUGCAAGAAAACAGCUUUGAAAUUGGUCUCUUCUGUUCCAGGGCUUGAUUCAAUCUCAGUGGACAUGAAGGAACAAAAAUUGACUGUAAUAGGAGAUAUGGAUCCUAUGGCAGUGGUGAAAAAAUUGAGGAAGAACUUUUACACAGAACUUGUCUCAGUUGGGCCAGCAAAAGAGCCUGAAAAGCCCAAAUCUGUGGCUGACUUUGUGAAUACCAUGCAGGCCUAUAAUUACUCCUACGGCUACAACCCUCCGUACUAUUACGUGGAACAAAAUCCAAAUGGUUGUGUUAUUUGUUGACUACUAGUACUAGUACUAAUAUACGUCAAAGGGAAUUCAUAAUCAAGUAGAGCUAAAUUUUCAAUUUCAAUUACUUAAAGUGUAUACAUGUCAGGUAGACACAAUUACCAUAUCAAUCAACUUUUCAUCAUGCUUUAAGUAUUCAUAUUAUUAUAUU